AUGACUUUUUCUGUUUCUCAGCUGUGUGUGUCAGUUUCACCUGAAGAUGGGUGGCAGCGCUUGUUGCCCCUGUGUGUCCUCCUGGGGGCGCUGUUCCCCCCUGAACUCCAUGCUCAGGACGACUGUGCACGAGGCUCGGCAGCUGAUGUGUACUUUCUAGUGGAUUCGUCGUGGAGCAUGGGGCCGGAGAACUUUGACCUGAUCAGAACGUUUCUGUACAGCCUGAUCAAAUCGCUGCACCAGGUUGGAGGAGGGAGGUUUAAAUUCGCCCUCACGCAGUACAAUAGCAGGCCCCGAACCGAGUUCCACCUCAACACCUACCCAACGGCGCCGGACGUCCUGGCACACGUCAAGGCCAUGUCGCACCUGGGCGGCGGCACCCGGACCGGCCUGGGCCUGGACUUCCUGAUCCGAACACACCUGACGUCUGCGGCGGGGAGCCGCGCGGCUGACGGGGCGGCCCAGGUGGUGCUGGUGCUGACCGACGGGCGCUCGCAGGACGACGUGGCCGAGCCGGCUCAGGCGCUGCGCACGGCGGGCGUGGAGGUGUUUGCAGUCGGCGUUCAGGACGCGGUGGACUGGGAGCUCCGGGAGCUGGCCAGCCAGCCACAGGAAACGCACAUGUUCAAUGUAGACUCCUUCCUCAAGUUGCGGGACAUAAUUCAAGAUUUGGUAGUGAGUGUGUGCGGUGCAGUGAGGGGUGGGGGCCCUCUGCUGGCCAAUGAGGCCCCGGUGGCUGGACGAGGGACAGGAAAUGAAACAGCUAUGAACCUGACAGGAACCAACCGCGACCUGCUGCAAUUAUUUGCUUUCACUAUUUCCAUUUGUUCUGUUUUUUCUCUUUCUCUCCUUAAAGCACCAGAUUCAUCUGACCUAAUAUUCUUAAUUGAUGGAUCACUGAACGUUGGAGCAGCUAACUUCCCCUAUGUGCGUGAUUUGGUUACGAGAAUCGUUGAGCGCCUGUCUGUGGGCAGGGAUGGCAUUAGGGUGGCUUUGGUCCAGUACAACACCGACCCACAAAUAAAGUUCUAUCUGAAUAGCUAUUAUGAGAAGUCGUCGGUCCUGGAGGCGGUGAAGGGCCUGAGCUUCUCGGGCGAUGAUGAGUCCAACCUGGGGGCGGCCCUGGAGGAGGUGGCUGACAGCCUGCUGGGCGAGUCGGCCGGAGGCCGGGCAGAGGAGGGCGCGCCCCAGGUUUUGGUGGUCAUCAGUGCCGGAGCGUCCAGUGACGACACCGGCGCCGGCCACCGGGCCCUCAUCAGGGCCGGUGUGGUCACUUUAGGGGUGGCGGUCGGUGCCGAUGCUGCUGCAGAGCUGGAAGAGGUGGCCACAGAUAAAAGCUUUGUGGUGAAAGCUGACAGUUUCAGAGAUCUGACCUCCGCAGAUGAAAAUGUCUAUGGCUACAUUAACGGCUUGGCGACGCGCUCCAUUAUAUUUCACAAUGAAUUCACUGAAGUCGUAACGGUUGGAGAACGAGACAUCAUUUUCCUGAUCGACAGCACAAUGGGAACGGCCGUCAUCAACACUGUGCGGGAAUACAUCCGGCGCUUCGUCAGCACCAAGGAAAUCGGUCCCAACGCAGUCCAAGUGGGCAUCGCCCAGUUCGCCACCGACACCAGGCUGGUCAUGGACCUCCAAACCCACGGGACCAAAGAAUCGCUGCUCAGCAGUUUGGCAGCCAUCAGAGCCAGAUCGGGACAGACCAUCAACAUCGGAGCCGCCUUGGACUUUGUGCGGCUCAACAUGCUGAGGCCUGAGAAGGGCAGCCGCAUCAGCCGCAACGUCCCUCAGCUCCUGUUGCUGAUUGUCAGCAAGCAGUCCAGCGACAGCGUGGCGGGGCCGGCUCAGGCUCUGCAGAAGCUGGGCGUUCUGGCGCUGGCCGCGGGCUCCAGGGCUGCCGUUGAGGACGAGAUGAAACAGAUCGCCUUUUCUGAUAGCAUGGUGUUCAUGGCAAAGGACUUCAGACAACUGUUUCGCAACGCCAGGGAGAUAACCGACGCCCUCUCAACGCUUUCUGGGACGGUGGUGGUUGAAUCCCCCACUGAUCCAGCGGUGAUCACCACGGUGCAGAGAGUGUUUCGAGACAUCGUGUUCCUUGUGGACGGAUCAAACUACGUGGGGAGCAGCAACUUGCCAUUUGUGAGAGACUUCAUGAUCAACAUCGUCAAUCAGCUGAACAUAAGUCCUGAGCAGGUCCAGAUUGGACUCAUGCAGUUCGCAGAGCGGCCAAGGAUUGAAUUUCACCUGAACAGCUACAACAACAACCGAGACGUCGUGGACAAAAUCUCUCAACUCAGGCUGACCGGAGGCUCGGUGCUGAAUACUGGAGCUGCCAUGAGUUACGCUUUGGACAACAUGUUCCAGACAUCAGUUGGGUCACGCAAACUCCAGGGUGCCGUGCAAGUGCUGAUCCUGAUCACUGGUGGUCCCCUGCAGGAUGACGCUGGAAGCGAGGCUGAUAGAUUGGCUUUGGCAAAUGUUUUGACUUUUACAGUGAGUUCUGGGCAAGCUGACCAAGAAGAACUGAAAAAGAUUGCCUUCAUUCCAAACCUGGCCUAUCACAAACAGAGAUUCUCUGAGUUACCAGCCUUGGUCGAUGAUAUGAUGCAGAAUAUAAUAACUGUAGUUGGUGACACAGAGGUGAUUACUGGAGGUGAAAGAGACGUUGCCUUCCUGAUUGAUGGGACUGACAGUGUUCAAGGAUUUUUCCCCUACAUUCGGGAUUUCAUCCUCAAAGUGAUUGAACCACUUGACAUAGGGACUGACAAAAUUCGCGUCUCUGUGGUUCAACACAGUGAGAAACACCCGGUCUUCUACCUCAACACUUAUCAAACCAAAGAGGAGGUGAUAAGAGCUGUUCAGGGGAUGGCUCUGGCUGGCGGACGCAGCCUGAACACAGGAGCCGCUCUGAGAUACAUGAAGUCCACCAUCAUGUCUGACAGCAAUGGCAGCCGCGCUGCUCAAAACGUCCCUCAGUUUCUGAUUGUUUUGGCUGCAGACAGAUCCAUGGAUAGCGUCACGGGACCCGCCGGGGAACUGAAGACGGACGGAGUUGUACCGUUUGGUGUUGGUGUCAAGAACGCAGACAAGAAGCAGAUUGAGGCCAUAGCGCACAACCCUUCGUUUGCUUUCAAUGUGAAGGAAUUCAGGGAACUGGAACCCAUAUCGCCGAGCAUCAACACCUAUAUUUCCCUAUCGAAGGACCAGCUGGAAUCCGCCCUACGGCAAGUGCAAAAUGAUGCUGUAAAAAGAGAUAUUGUGUUCCUGCAUGGGUCUGAUAACACCAGAGACGGAUUCACAGACAUAAAGAGUUUUGUUAAAAACAUAGUGGGACGCCUGUAUGUUGACGAGGGCCUUGACAGAGUGUCUGUGGUUCAGUUUGCCGACAGACCCGCGGUCGGCUUUCAUCUAAAUUCCCACAAGACAAAGAGCGACAACAUGAACGCCAUUGAUAACUUAGCGCACAAAGGUGGGAGGCGACUCAAUGUUGGUGCCGCUCUUCAGUUUGUAAGGCACAGGGUCUUCACGUCGUCCACAGGCAGCAGGAGGCUGGAAGGGGUGCCCCAGACUUUGAUCCUCCUCACUAGCAAAGCGUCUGCAGACAGUGUGAAAGGACCAGCAUUUGCCCUGAAAGAACAUGAGAUUGUGGCAGUCGGGGUUGGAGUGGCAGACGCUAACCUUGCAGAAUUGGAAAUGAUUGAAUUUAAACCUGGCUUUGCAUUCAAGGUCACUGACUUUUCCAGUUUAAACUCAAUCCAAACACAAGUUCUCUCUGCACUGAACAUACAGCAAGACAAUCAGGAAACCAAGAAUGGGAUUUCUGACUUAGUAGUUGACAUGUUCAGCAGUAAGAGGGACGUAGUGUUUCUCCUUGACGGAUCAGACGACUCCAGAAAUGGACUUCCAGCUUUCCGAGAGUUUGUCAGAAGAGUGGCAGAAGAGCUGGAUGUUGGCAAAGAUGGCGUUCAGUUAGCUGUUGUGCAGUACAGUGAUGAUGCCACGGUUUACUUUAGCCUGGCAACCCACAAAACCAAAAAGGAAGUUAUCUAUGCCAUCAGGGCGCUUCGACAUAAAGGAGGAAGAACCCGUAACACCGGCGCUGCGCUGGAGUUUGUGCGAAAACAUGUUUUUUCAGCGUCCUCUGGCAGCAGGCGCCUGGAGGGCGUCCCUCAGGUGGUCGUGCUGACCGGUGGUGCGUCCAGUGACGAUGUGUCCAGCGCUGCUUUGGGCCUGAAGCAAGUUGGAGUUUUUUCUUUCGUCAUUGGAAUGAAAAGUGCUGACCAGGAGGAACUUGAGAAAAUUGCCUCCUCCUCCAGGUUUCUUUUCAACUUUCCUGUCUUCAGUGAGCUUCUGUCCAUUCAGCCUGAGACGGCUGCGUUCAUCCAGACUCAAGUACAAACUCAGCCUGCUGUGGUGGAGCUAGAGUCUCCUGAAAGAGACAUUGUGUUUCUGUUGGACGGCUCUGAUGACACGCUGAGUGGCUUCCCAGCAAUGAAAACUUUUGUCCAACAAGUAGUAGAAACCCUCAUUGUUGGUGAAAACAAAGACCGUGUUUCUGUGGUUCAGUACAGCCAAGAUCAACAAACACAUUUCAGUCUGAACACCUACACGGACAAACAAGCUGUUCUUAACGCAGUCCGACAGCUGGACCACAGAGGGGGCCGACCCCGAAACACUGGUGCAGCUCUGGAGCAGGUGAGGAGGAACGCUUUCGCAGAAUCCUCAGGGAGUCGCUACCAGGAGGGCGUCCCUCAGGUCCUGAUUCUGUUGACUGGGGGAAGAUCCGGAGACAAUGUCACAAGAGCUGCCGCCGAUCUGAAAAAGGACAAAGUUGUCCCUUUCUGUGUCGGAACAAAAUCUGCCGACAUUUUAGAGCUCCAAUCGAUUGCUCAUAACCCAUCCUAUGCCUUCUCUGUUCUUACAUUUGAUGACAUUGGAAGCAUUCGUCAGCAGCUUGAGUCUUUGGUGCAAAGGGUGCCACGGCAACAGCCCAGAGAAAGAGCACUUAAUGUUUUAGGUUCCACACAACAGAGAGAGUUCAUGCACAGAGACAUUGUGUUUUUAAUGGAUUCCUCUGAUGAAAUGCUGAGCGACUUCACACAAGUGCUUGGCUUUAUUGAGCAGAUGGUGGAGAAACUCACUGUGGGUGAGAGGAAAGAUCAAGUUUCUGUGGUUCAAUACAGCAACGAACCUUCUGUCGAGUUUCUCCUGAACACACACAAAUCACAGCAGAGCGCUGCCGACGGUUUAAAAACCAUCAGACACAAAGGAGGCAGGUCGCGCAACACAGGGGCAGCUCUGAAUUACGUCAAGGAAAAUGUUUUCACAACUUCCUCUGGAAGCAGACGCCAACAAGGAGUCCCUCAGGCCCUGGUUCUUCUGACCAGUGGACGCUCAAAUGACGAUACAUCCUUGAGAUGCAGUCCAUUACCCAGGAAGCCAGUCAAGUUUUCCUUGCAGCAGACUCCAGUGACAUCAGACACUGAACAAGAAAUCCUCACAUCCAUUCAGACGAGUCAGAAGUACGUUGCCACAACAGCGUCAGAUGAUCCCAGCAGCAGAGACAUCGUGUUUCUGAUUGAUGGCUCUGAUGAUUCUCAGCGAAGAUUCCCAGACAUCACAGAUUUUGUCCAGAGAAUAGUGAGAGACUUGAGCAUUGGUCCUGACGGUGACCAUCUGGCUGUGGUCCAGUACAGCAGCACCGCUGAGAUUAAUUUUAACCUGAGUCGCUUCAUGACUGAGGAUGAUGUUCUGGAAGCGGUUGAUGGCCUGACUCACAAAGGAGGUUAUCCUAAAAACAUUGGAGCUGCUCUCCAGUAUGUGAGAGACCACGUCUUUACUCCAGAGUCAGGAAGUCGGAUCCGGCAGGGCGUCCCACAGAUGCUAGUGCUGCUGAGCGGAGGACGAUCUGGGGACGACAUCAGAACCUCAGUGAGGUUACUGAAGGAAAUGGGUGUUUCUAUAGUUGCCAUCGGGACGAGUGAUGCAGACACCUUAGAGCUUCAGACAAUAUCUCAUGAACCCAGAUAUGCACUGUCUGUUACUGACUAUGAGGAACUGUCCACUGUCAAGCAGGACGUGUUGUUGUUGUUGAGAGAGCCGUCCCAACAUGUG